AUGGGCUCUUCGUACGACGACGACGUACACCAGCAUCCAUUACUCCAGCCUGAGAGCUCGCCGUCGUCGAAAUCUAGCAUCGGUGUGCUGGAGAGUGUGCUUUUAGAUUCCCGGAGACCUCUGCUCCGCCGCAUGGUUACGGCCGUUGUGAUUGAGUCGAAGCUUCUCUUCCAGCUCGUAGGCCCCACCGUUCUUAGCUACAUGGUCAAUUACCUCAUGUCCAUGUCUACUCAGAUAUUCGCCGGCCACCUUGGGAACCUCGAGCUCGCCGGCGCAUAUCUCGGCAACAACGGAAUCCAAAGCUUCUGUUACGGCCUCAUGCUAGGAAUGGGAAGUGCGGUGGAGACUUUAUGCGGUCAAGCCUACGGCGGGAAGAGACUCGAGAUGCUUGGCGUGUACGCACAGAGAUCCACCGUGUUGCUCACCAUCUCCGGCGUCUUCCUCACCGUAAUAUACGUUUUCAGCAAGCAUAUCCUCCUCUUCCUCGGUCAAUCGCCGGAUAUCGCGUCGGCGGCUUCUCUCUUCGUAAACGGACUAAUCCCACAAAUCUUCGCCUACGCGGUGAACUUCCCCAUCCAGAAAUUCCUCCAGUGGCAGAGCAUCGUCGCACCGAGCGCGUGCAUCUCAACCGCCACCCUGUUCCUCCACGUGUGUUUAAGCUGGGUGGCGGUUUACAAGGUCUGGAUGGGGCUGCUGGGAGCGUCGCUCAUGCUCAGCCUCUCGUGGUGGAUCAUGGUGGUUGCUCAGUUUGUAUACAUCGUGAGGAGCGAGCAGUUUUGA